AUGUUCCAGCCUCAACCCACUCCCUUUACUACCUCCUCCAGCUUCGCGUCAUAUGGCCUAGCUCAAGACCUGGACUUUGCCUUUCCCGUGUCUGCUGGAGGUGGAGGUACCGCUGUUCCAACCACAACCACAACCGCUGGAUACUACAACUCUCCAGCGCUCUCGCACGCCCAGUCGCAUUCACACCUGCAAUCGCAACAAUCGCAGUCGCAAUCUCAACACCAACACCAACCGCAUCUUGUCCACCAGCAACAACUUCCUCCUCGACAACGUCAAAUUUCCACCUCGUCAGCCGCACCUUCCUCAGCGUCGCCCUAUUCCAACGGUGCCUCGAACUCUAUCUCUCCCGUUAUUUCGCAAGCUUCAAACUCAAACACAAACCCUUCUUCCUCACCAAGUUUAGCGCAACAACCGCAAGACCGCCAAAGACUACUCCAACAUCCACACCAGCAACCUCAAUACCAACAUCAACACCAACCGCAGGUGGUGCUCAAGAUGGAGGAUCAAGGCCAGCACGACAUGGCCGCUCAGCAGGCUGCUGCGAGGGAUUAUCAACCUGUACUAGAGGGCCUCAAAGUUGGGAACAAGAUCCUUAGCGAUGCCAUCACCAACGAGUACGCAAAGGCCGACCCAGUUUACGUUGAAAAGACAAUCGCCCUCCCCCAGACCUACUCUCACUACCGCCCUAUCCAAGGCGAUGGCAACUGUGGUUGGAGAGCAAUUGGCUUCAGUUAUUUCGAAAAGCUCAUUGAGUCGGGCGAUCAGGCCAAGAUCGAGGGCGAGGUCGCUCGCCUCAUGAGUGUGAAUCCUUUGCUGAGCACCGUGGGCAACUAUCCCUACUGGGAGGAUAUGGCAGAUGAGGUGUUGGACCAUUUGAGAGAAGUCGCCCAGAACAUCGGCAACCCUCAGUACGCGCACCAGUUGAAUCAGAACAAGUGGAACGAGCCUGGCAGUGCCGAUAGCAUGAUCUACUAUCUUCGUCUUCUCGCUGCGACAUACCUCAAGACCAACCCUACCAGGUUUGCGGAUUUUGUUCCCGACGGCAGCGGUGUAGCGGCAUAUUGCGCCAACCAGAUUGACAUCCCUAACCGGGAUAUCGAAGAACUGGGCCUCAUUGCCCUCGCUGAGAUCCUCCUUCAGCCGGCCGAUUUUGUUCUCGAGGUUGUCAUGCUCGACCGCAGCCCGGGCGCCCAGGCCAACACCUACCGCUGGCCCCAAGAAGACAUUGGCCCUAUGAUCAACCUACUCUAUCGACCCGGCCACUACGACAUUCUGUACAAGGGAAUGGCCACGCAGGUGCUUCGCGUCAGCGGGUUCACGCACAAUACUAACAUCACAUCCGAGCAAGCGGAUCUUGGUCAAUACACGACCAUGAACUUUGACGCUUUGUCCAUCAUCCCGGGCUUCAGCAGUUCUGCUGGUAUGGGAGGUCUCGCACAGUUCGCACCUCCUCCUCCUGUCAGUGCUUCCGAAACCUUUUCUCCCGUGCAGCAAAGUCCCUGGAUGUCGUCCUUCCCCGAGCCUUUGCCCACUCCGACACCGCGAGCAGCACCUCCGCCGCCACCUCCCAUCAUGGCGACACCUCAACCUCCCACACCACCUGCUUCUAUAUCUGGUGGCUCCGCAAUGGCACCAAGCCCUGCGAUGUCUGGACCUCAGAGCUCCCUCCCGUUGCGAACCGCCGCUUCAAGCUACCACAUCCGUUUCAGCCCGGUUCAAUUGGACUAUGAUGAGGGCAAGAACAAUUUCCCCGAUUCGACGUUCCAAGUAACGACCAAUACGUUCAAGAAUAGUAUUUGGAACCGGGCUCAUUACUGCAACCCCAACUUUCACCCUGAAGAAUGGAACCCUGACGACGAGCAUACCGAUGGGAGAGUUGGGAGUAAGCGCCGAAUGAAGAAGGAGAUGUCCUAA